AUGCGCAUACACAGCUCAAGUCUGUUUCUCUCCCAGGUUAAAGAAGCUCGCAGGACACUCAAGAAACCCCAAGUAGAAAAAUUUGACUGCACCCAGCACAAGCAGACGUUCUGGUGCUACUGCUGCGGGCUUGACAUCGAGAGCAAUGUUACAGACGGCAACAUGGCGGUGCUGUACGGAGGCUUAAUAGAGCACAUGGCCACCCCAGAGCACAGGAAGAAUACACACAAGUUCUGGUGGGAAAAUAAGGCGGACCCAAAGUUAAGGGACAAGGUCAUCAUCGCAGAGGAGGAGACUGAAAGGUUUAAAGCUGAAGUAGCAAAAGCGUUGGAGUCAUACGUGGAGAAAGAAGAUGAAUACAUUAAACAGCAAGCUGAUUUAAUCCGGGCCCAGGAAAAGCAUCGUCAGGAGGUCCUUCAGUCUCUUUUAGAGCGUGACGCAGAGCCGGAGUCGUUCAACGGACCCAACGGCACCGACGUGUCUGCAGAGAGUUCUGUCAGUUCUCAGUUUAUGUCUCAAGGAUCGGGCCAGCAGGCGGGGAGCAGCUGCGUGGACUCCAUGGUGGAAGCACCGUGGGCUGCAGCAGGACAAGGCCUGACGUUCAUAGGCUAUCAGGACUCAUCAAACGGUGGAAAUGUCCAUACAGGCGCCGUCCCUCCGUGGCUUCAGGACGAUCCUCUGGAGGGAACCUCUGGAGCUGCCACACAUUCAGAGAUUGGCCCAUCGCUCCAAGACUUCCUCAAACAAAAGGAGCAAGAGAAGCUGAAGAAACUUCCUCCGAACAGAGUGGGAGCCAACUUUGAUCACAGCUCGCAUACAGACGCCAACUGGCUUCCGUCUUUUGGUCGAGUGUGGAACAGCGGUCGACGCUGGCAGUCCAGGCACCAGUUCAGACAGGAGGAGGGGAAGAAGAAGAGGCAGAAGAGGAAGAAGGAUCACGGCACAGAGGGCUCGAAGAAAACAAAAGCGACCGAACAGCUGACAGAUUUUGACAACGCUUAAAAGCGUAGUAUGCUGUGUGAAGUCAUGUGUAUAGUUGACAAAAUGUAAAUGAGGUUUUGCGUAUGUUUCUGAGGAGCUGCACUUGGUUGAAGUGCUCAGGCUGAGGAGACACUUCGUAUAUCCGAAAAUGUAUGCAACCGUUUUUAUAACAAACCUGCAGCAAACGUAUUAACUUAGUACAAUAAGCAUCGGCUAAUGGGUUUGUUUCUGUUAGAAAGUUAGUUUGACUGUUGAAUCUUUAGAUUGGAUAACAUGCAUAUCAAUGUCAGUUUGUUACACGCUGAGAGCUUUAAACCAACGUGAUGCUGCCACUGAACUGCUCCACAUUAAAUUAACUGGAAAUCUGUGACUUAAAUGAAGUCCUGGACUGAAACUUUGGACACCGUGACUGUUCUGGCAAAUGAACACAUGGGGGCGCAAGCUACUCGAACACAACACACCUGCUGUGUGUUGAAGCCAACAUGUCCCAAUAACAUGCUACACAAAAAUGCAUGAGUCACUUUUAAUCAUGUAUGUACAUUUUGUUUCCAUGAAGCAAAAAAGAAAACUUAAGUUGCUGCAUAAUACUUAGUAGUUUUGUUUUUUUAUGUAUUCAGUAUUAUUUUGGAAACGAGCCUCAGUAGUAACACUCAGCAGCACUUCUCAGUGUUCCUCCAACAAUAAACUUUGUUCUUUUUUUAAAGGGAACCUGUAUACCAA